AUGUUCAAGUCAAUCAUUGUUGUUAUUUUAAUGUUGGCAGUUGUCAAUGCUGACAUUUGGAGCUCAUGUGGUUCCUCCACCGACAAAUUCCAAAUCGGUUCAGUUUCAAUCGUACCAGAUCCCCCAGUAAAGGGACAAACUGUUACUAUCACUGCCAGUGGUGUCUUAUCGGAGACCAUCGACGGAGGUAAUGUUCAUGUCAAUGUCAAGUACGGAUUCAUCACCAUUCUCAACAAGGAUGAACCAAUCUGCCAAUCUGGUUCACCAGUUCCAUGCCCAAUCAACGCUGGUAACUUAAAUAAAACCGUCUCCAUUGCCAUCCCAUCCAACGUACCAGAUGGAACCUACAAGGCUAACGCUGUCCUCACCGAUACCGCCAACAAUGAAAUCGCCUGUAUCAACGUAGACCUCCACUUCUAA